CAAGGAGUGUUUUUGUGAUGUAUCAGCCUCAGACGGAAAAUUUUUAACGUUCCUCACCUACGCUUAUUGUAGCCCGACCCCAUUUUUAAGUAUUUUUGAAACUAUUACGGGUUUUUAAUCGCCAAUUUUCACAUCGGUUCGAAGUCCCCCAUCAUUAUUGUGCUUUAUAUCUACAUUUUGUGUGUCAUGUGCGUUGCUCAUCAUAGUUAUUGAAGUGUCGAGAACUGUGUUGUGUCGCGAAAAUGGCCGCGAUUCGCAAGAAAUUAGUUAUCGUAGGCGAUGGUGCCUGUGGUAAAACUUGUCUGCUGAUCGUUUUCAGUAAAGACCAGUUUCCAGAAGUUUAUGUGCCCACCGUUUUCGAAAAUUACGUAGCCGACAUCGAAGUGGACAGUAAGCAAGUUGAAUUGGCUUUGUGGGACACUGCAGGGCAAGAGGACUAUGAUCGCCUACGACCCUUGUCCUACCCCGACACUGAUGUUAUUUUAAUGUGUUUCUCUAUUGACUCACCCGAUUCACUGGAAAAUAUCCCUGAAAAAUGGACCCCCGAAGUCAAGCACUUCUGUCCCAACGUGCCUAUCAUUCUAGUGGGGAACAAGAAGGAUCUUCGCAACGAUCCAGUUACCAUCAAAGAGCUCAGCAAAAUGAAGCAAGAACCUGUUCGACCCGAAGAAGGACGAGCCAUGGCUGACAAAAUCAACGCUUUUGCAUAUUUAGAAUGCUCCGCCAAAAGCAAAGAAGGUGUGCGCGAAGUCUUCGAAACAGCUACCAGGGCUGCGCUCCAGGUAAAGAAAAAGAAGAAGGGUUUCAAAUGCCGAAUCUUGUAACUGGAAGUAAAUGUUAAGCGCGAACUAUCAUUGUGGUUUUUACUAAAUUUUCUCGUUUUGUUUUGACUGUAUUCAAUCUCAUAUCAGCUUUGAAUGUCUCUCAUCUUGCAUGUCUAAACUAGCAGUGAGUAACCUAUAUACUAUGGUUUUGUCAAUGUCAAUGACAGUAAUUUAGUUACUGACUGACGACUCGAACCCCUUGGUCGUUGACAACAGAGCUCCGUCUCCUAGUCAAAGAAGUAUACCAGGGUUGUACAAGCUGACCAUUGAGAGAAGAUAUAGCUAGCAGUUUAUGAUGCUUGAUGUACUUCAAAGCUCAAAAUAUAAGUCUGAUUUCAAGAACUACAAAUAUAAUCUUGCCAAACUACAUUCUUCCAGGCAUAACUGAUAGCAUCUAGAUUUAUGAAAGAAAUUUUAGCCUUUUGUUUGCCCAGGUAUCAAGCUUUUAAUUUGAAGUAAUUUAAUCUAGUUUUGUGAAAGUAUUAAUGGACAUUCACAAAUCGUCACAUGUCUUUGACUCGUCUGCCUUCAUAGUUUUCUUCUAAAUCACGUUUACACCCCGAGGAGCAAGGUAUUAAUUUUUUUUGCUCCAUUGUUUGACUUUAAUUAGUGUUUUAUUCAUAUCUUGGAUCAAUUUUAAUUGAUCUAGUGGGAAGCUAAGCUCUAGGUAUUCUUAUUGUUAUCCAACAGGCUCGCCCUUCAAUAUAACUGGCCUAGCCAUAACAGUUUUAAGUAUAUCCUAAGAAAAAAAUUAAUUUGAAUACGGACCCUGUAGUGUCACUAAAUUUUGUCCCCUUUAAUUAGCAGGUAUGCAAAUAAGCUUUCUGAGGGGUUGUACUUUUGAGAAACGAAGAACUGAUUUGGUGUCAAAUUUUAGAGUUUUCUAUUGGCAUCUGGCCCAAUAUUUAUGGAUAAAUUUUAUCUAUUAGCCUCUGCUUUGUGUAUGUUUACUUGUGACUGAUACUGUGCACCUUUUUUGUGUGUAACAAAGAGCUUCAUUUCUAAGAUUUAAUUCUAUGAACUGUUUUGCUGAAACCUGUAUGAAAUAGAUGAGAAUGAUGAAGAUUCACAAAUUACAUACUUAGCUUAUCAAUAAAACCAUGAGAAAGUGAAGCUUAAAAUAUGGGUAAAACAAGGCUCAACAUUUAAAAAUACUUCAGCAGAAAACUUUCAGUCGUCUAAGCCUAAUUAGCUUCUACCACAAAGCAACCAAUAAAUUGAAAGACCCUGCGCAGAAAUUCAAGGAAUUAGUACUGACAAAAUGUUAAUAUUUGAGAUGGCAUUCAUUAACACUCCUUAAAAACGAGAUUUUGAGAUCCAACUUUCCGUGUGCCAUUGCCAAAAGAAGCGGGGUUUUAAAGUCACGUCUUUAGUACACGCACUUUCUCAUGAAGAUGUGUUCUAGCCAGUAACAGCUGUGCGGCUCCCUGUCACCAUUUGGAAGUAUUCAAUUCUCUUAGUCCGUUUUACCUCCCUGACUGUUGAAUAAAAAGGAGCUUGUUUAAUCAGUAAUGUAUUGGGACUGAAUAAACCAGUGAUCCAAUCGUACUUCAUGAGGCUAAUUUUCGUUUUUGGCAACUCCAGUCACAAACAAACAGAACUGAGCAAUGGGUGUAAAUAAGCUGAAGAAAAUCACUCUGCAGCCCUGCUUUUCUCAGUAUUGACAACCAGAAAUUUCAUCCUUAAGGUUUAGCUCAGGAAGUCGUAAAGAAUAUCUUAUAAUGCAAUGAAGGAAUUCAGCUGUGACCGAAAGCCUUGGUCGUGACCCGACAACAGAUGUUAUCACUUAAACACAUGCUGCAGCCGGACAACGAACUGAAUUCCAAUGGCUGGUGUAACUACUGAAGUUAGAUUAUCACUUAGUUUUUUGCUGCUAAAUUAAGCAUCUGGAGGGACAGAACGUCUUGCCCUCUAGUUUUUUGACGUUAAAGCCUUGUUUUACCCAUAUACACAGUUCCUUCCUUUUCUGAUUCUAAUGAGAGAUGUAGCAAAAUGUUUUUUUAAAAAAAAUUGAGGAAAUGAGUGAGUGGUACCUUAAGAGUAUGAUUACACUACAGUCUAGUACCUACUUAUGUUCUUGCCCAUGAACUAAUUUAUUUUUUACCCAGCCCCAUCAAAGUAAUUAAUGCAUCAUGAAAUUAUUCCACAAUAUCCUAAAAACACUUUUUAAGUUCAGUUCUUCCACAGGCAAGCAGGGUUGCAUUAAGUGACUUCAUGAGAUUAGAUUAAAUCUUUUAUUUCCCUUUGUUUUAUACCCUGCUUACUUUUUAGUUAACCCAUGUCAUCUUUUUGUCAUUAAAUUUUCUGCCCACCUCAUUUUGCAUUCAAUUGGUUAAGUGGUUAACUGUGCAUCGUUAGUGAAACUAGAAAAAAUAUGUGGCUGGGUCUCCAAUGUUGAGACCUUCUUUUGAUACCUAAUGUUGAGCAGAAAACAAUGGAACCCAAUUUCGUUUUCAAAAACUUCCUCAAUUUUUCUGUCUUGCACAAAGUACCUAUAUUUUGUGAUUACAGCAAUGAAUAGCUUUUUUCCCUUAGAAGAGAUGAAAUAGGAGAGGAUAUUUUGAAACAUUGCAACUGAGCCAAGUGUUUUUUUAAUUUCACCAUCGAUAUUUAUUUACGGAUUAAUUUUUGAAAGAUGUCUGGUUUACAGGUUGUGCACAUGCUAAAACAUAAUGUGCUGCAGUGUUCUGUCUUCCCCAGGCGCUGUGCUUUGAUACUUGGGGGAGGGAUGGGCCUUAAAAAAAUUGACGCAUCCUUUUGAUUAUUUCAAACUCUCAAUUGCCAAGCAGCGGUCGUGCAUGAUACAUAUGCAUAAAGGUUAUUUGGCACCUAAAAAUUUAGCUUUCUGGCCUAAAUGGCUCCUAGAAUGUUAGGAGAAGACUGAACACUGACGCACUUUAGUUUAAUUUUGUGAAAAUCACAUUUUUGAAGUCCUCUAGACAAAUGAAAUUGAUAAGCCUAACUUGAUGCAAUGCAAGUUAAGAAUUUUUAUUUUCCAAAUUUUGUCAUAUAGAAACCAGAAAAGAGAAUUUUGUUGGUAAUUUAAUUGAAAUCUUGUAAGCACUAAAACGUUGAAGGACCAUAGUGGAGCACUUUAUCAUUGGCGUCCAAACAGCUAAACUCAUUGAAAAGCAAACCAUGAAGGGCAUUGAUCUGUCCUAUUUUUCACUGCGCUAACUCAUUUAAGUAAAUUUGCGUCAAAAUUUGAAGUUAUUUGUCACAAAGUAAAAAUAGUAUUUGAAUUCAGGACCAUAAAUUUAUUAUUUAUGGUUGAAGAAUCAACCACUAGGGAUGUACCUUAAUUACCUAGUAUAUUCUCUCUUAGUGCCAUCAAGUACGUAUAAACAGACAUUCUGUCAGUCUGUAGCCACCAUUAAGUAAUUCUGAAAAUUGUGUCUGUAAGGCUUGUCAAAAAAUGUUAUUUUCUGUAGAUUUUAGCUUAAUAUUGUACCAGUACCCAAAUAUUAAUUGAGUACAGUGCAAUUUCAGGUGACAAUGGAAGUUAGAAAGUACGUUUGUCUUUGCAGGCUACUUUUAUUUUUCAGUUGAAUUUUUCUCUGAAACUACGUAUCUGUCUCCCUCAAUUCCUAAAAUGAAAAAGAAAAGAAAGAAAAAAUCAAAAUUUGCUCUCAAAGUUUAUCAGCCACUAAGGUUAGCACCCUAAUUUGUUGUUAAAACUUACGAAAGAUGACCGAAACAAGUAUCCGGGCCUGUACAACUAGCCAAAUCCAAUGCCAUCGUUAGUCAACUUACUGACUGAAUAGAUUUCUCGAUCUGAAUCUUAGUUUCAUAUUAGAUACCUAGUUUUCAGAAUUUUUCAUUUAGUUGAUCACAGCUUCAUUUUGAAUGCUCUUAAUUUCCAUCUGUUAGCAGGCUCACAGUUUUAUAUCUUGUUUUAUCACAGAGAAUUGUGGCAUUGUUUGGUCUCUGAUUGCAGGGUGUGGUUAGACAGGGUCUUGAAAAUUAGUGAAAACUGAUUUAUAAAACCUUUAGAACACUCCUCUUAUUUUCGAAACAAUCCUCUCUCUAAAAAUUAAAUUUUCAUCUCCAAGUCUCAAAGUAACGCUGUCACCUAUUAAUUUUCCCGCCUUUUCCCUUUCGAUAUAACCUAGGUAUUUCGUUUUUUUCAAAUUUUAGAAACUCAAAUCUAUUUUGUCUAUGGCCUUGGUAUCUUUUAAAAAAAUCAAUUGCCACUUUGGUGCGUAAGUAGCUCUCUUCGUGCCUUUCUUCCCCCUUGUAUAUGCCCUUUGUGGCAUCAACUACUAUUGCAGCUUUUUAAUCCUUUCAACAUUUGAACGGAUUUAAUGCUUAAUGAGAGUAAGAUUUCAUUCAUCUAUCCACGUGUCAAUCACUUAAUAUUUUAAGAAAGAUUUAAAGUUUUCAUCCCUUCCCUCCUGUCAUUCUGAACCUAUGUUUUCCUUACCUUGUUUAUUCUAGCUUUUACUCUCUAUUUUUUUGCUUUGCCCUGAGAAAAGUCCAUAAAAGUAUUUUUGUGGAAAUUAUGUAAUGAUAGCAGGGGUUGCUUCCCAAUUUUUUGCUUUAUCUCUGUGAAAGAAAGGAUCUUUGAGAUGGAAAUUGCCUUUAGUGUGCUGCAGGUAGAUGCAAGUUGCCCCUGACUGUGUGCUCGUAUUGUCUAAUCUUUUUUAAAGUCUCUAUGGUCACCAGUUUAUGUUUUUAAGAAUUUCCCUACCGUUAAGAUUAUAUCAUAUUAAAAUUAUCCUCGCUCAUAAGCAUUGGGUACUUAAAACAAAUGGAGUGUUUAAGGGUGCAAUCAGGUUUGCGCCACAAUCAAAUUUUCUGAAAAGAUUUUGCUGCAAUUAUGUUUUUUAUUGACAUAAUUUACACAUUUUUUACUUUCUCAUUCUGAUGAGACUAUCCUCUGGAAUUUUGCCAGAUUUUCAGGUCUUGGCGCUUACAAGCUUAGUUAAUACAUUUCAUAGGCUGUUCAUAGUGUUUUAACAAUUUUUAAACCUAUCAUACUCGCGUAUGCCUUCCCUUUGUCUUUUAAAAGUUUUCAAUGAUCAAUCCUUCUCUUUUUACUAACAUUUUAUGUUACUUUAGUCUUUUACAACAGAUUUCUUGUCUUAAUAUGAUCAUGCUAUCCUUGAAGUUAUGAAAUCCACUUUGCUACUGAUUUACAAUGUUAUUUUGGGAAAUAUUGAAAAGUUAAAAGCCAUUUCUUCCUAGCCUGUCUGUAUAAGGUUAUUCAAGCAAAUCAGAGUCUCAGAUACUAGCAAGCAUUUCUCCUUUAAAAUCGUUCUUCAAUUUUUUCAAUCUUUGAUCAAAUGUUCAAGAAUUACUAUCUUUAUGCUCUGUUUGAAACUUCUAUUUUGGUUCAUGUCAAGAAUGUAUAGCAAUUAUUAUGUUUUCAUUUAACUCGUGGCUUUUAUGUAAGCUACUAACUACUCCCAAAUUUUGAUUAGCAGCUUGACGAUGUUUAGUUUAAUCAGACCAGCUCUCUAGCUUGGAUGGCCAGACACGAACACGUUUGUGUAUUUCUAUGAUGCAAACUAAUCCUUGAUAGAUAAUCCCUCAACAGUAAAGUUCCAUUUCUUGAUUUUAAAAAAUAAAGAAAUAAAAAAAAAA